AUGAGAACAGAACUGAUGAAAUGGUUUGGCAAAGGUCUCGAAAUUGAAGUCUCCAUUUGGGCACAGCUUUACAACUCAUUCCCUCUGCUGAUGAGACGUUUGCCGGGGCCACACCAGACAGCCAAGCACAUCUGGAACAGUACAAAUGACUUCAUUAGAGAGGAGAUUAAGGAGCACAGACAGAACUGGGAUCCCUCAGACCAAAGAGACUACAUCGACUGCUACCUGAAUGAGAUUCAGAUGAGAAAUGGGCAGGGUGGCAAUGCUUUUGAUGAGGAAAACCUGGUUAUGUGUGUCAUGGAUCUGUUUGUGUCCGGCUCUGAGACCACAUCCACCACCCUGCGCUGGGCUUUCCUCUACAUGGCAAAGUACCCCGAGAUUCAAGCAAAGGUCCAGGCUGAGAUAGACAGAGUGAUUGGACAGUCCAGACAGCCAUCCAUGGAAGAUCGUGCAAACCUGCCCUACACCGAUGCUGUUUUACAAGAGAUCCAGAGGUUUGGCAACGUAAUUCCUCUCAGCCUGCCUCGUGUUACCGACAGGGACAUCCAGCUGGGAGGCUACACAAUCCCAAAGGGAGUCUUGAUAAUCCCCAAUCUGACCUCGGUGCUGUUCGACAAGAAUGAGUGGGAGACAUCCGACACCUUUAAUCCAGGACACUUUCUGAAUGACAGUAAACUGAACAAGGAGGGCAAGUUUGUGAAGCGAGCUGCUUUCAUCCCUUUCUCUACUGGUAAGUGGGCAUGUCUUGGGGAGAGCCUGGCCAAGAUGCAUCUUUUCCUCUUCUUCACCUCAUUUAUGCAGCACUUCACCUUCUCCAUGCCUGCUGGGGUCAAGCCUGUGAUGGACUUUCGCUUUGGCAUCACUUUGGCGCCACGUGAAUAUGAAAUCUGCGUAACCUCCCGCUAA